GUCAAGUUGAGAAUUAGGUUCUUGCUUUAUCUUUCACGCCAACUUGAGAGUACCAAGCAGUUACGGAUAUUGGGUAACAAACCAAACCAUCAAAGUCUUCAGCUUUUGCAACUACCCCAAAUCUUCUGAGUUUUUCUUCUUCCUUAUCCUGAUUUUCUUCCAAGAAUUAGGGUUUCUGGACAAGAAUUGUCGGUUUCGGGGCAUCAAUGAUGAUUUAGCUUCUGUUUAAAUGGGGAAUCAGAAUUCAACUGAUGAAGCAAAAGAGGUUAAUAAAUCAGUUCAAUCAUCUUCUGAUGCAGGAAACUCUAUGUCCUUCAGUCACAAUUACAAAGGCAAACUGCCUGCAUUCAUACCUGACAACUUCAAUUCCCUUGAAGAGGUCACAGCUGCUUUAAGAGAAGCUGGCCUUGAGUCCUCAAAUUUAAUACUCGGUAUAGAUUUCACAAAGAGCAAUGAGUGGUCCGGGAAGUUUUCAUUCAAUCGGAAAAGUCUUCAUGCAGUCGGUGGUGAUCCAAAUCCGUAUGAGAGAGCUAUUUCUAUAAUUGGGCGAUCUUUAUCUCCUUUUGAUGAUGACAACUUAAUACCUUGUUUUGGAUUUGGUGAUGCAACAACUCAUGAUAGAUAUGUUUUUAGCUUCUAUCCCAACCACCGACCUUGCUAUGGAUUUGAGGAGGUGCUUGUACGAUACAAAGAAAUUCUUCCUUACAUCAAACUAUCUGGCCCUACGUCUUUUGCCCCAAUCAUUGAUGCUGCAAUUGAUAUAGUACAAUGCAGCAACAUGCAAUAUCACGUCUUGGUCAUUAUUGCAGAUGGACAGGUAACAAGGACCUCUGACUUGUUACCUGGAAAGCUCAGUACCCAAGAACAAGCAACGAUCAAUUCAAUUGUAGAGGCCAGCAAUUAUCCGCUUUCUAUUGUUCUGGUUGGUGUGGGUGAUGGACCCUGGGAAGCCAUGCAAAAGUUUGAUGACAAUAUUCCUCAGCGGGCAUUUGAUAAUUUUCAGUUUGUCAACUUCACAAAAAUCAUGUCGGACAACAAGGAUAUUUCGAAGAAAGAAGCAGCAUUUGCUCUUGCUGCAUUAAUGGAAAUCCCAAUUCAGUAUAGAGCCACCCAACAGCUGAACUUUAACAUUAAAAAGGAGAGCAAUGUCCGACGAAGUAGUCCAAUUCCUCCUCCACGUGAAGUGAUAGAUAAACCCGUUCAAGUUGCAGACACAAGAGGUUCUUCAGAGUCAGUGGAUAUCAAUAUUCCUUUAGAGCAGGCAUGUCCGAUCUGCCUUACAAACCCAAGAAACAUGGCAUUUGGAUGUGGUCACCUGACUUGCAAAGAUUGUGGAGAAACACUUGGAACAUGUCCUAUGUGUAGGAAGGUCAUUGCAACGCGUGUGAGAUUGUAUGCUUGAGCGUGAUGUUUGAAAAUCACAUGUGACUUUAUAAUUAAGGUUGUAAACCUUCUAAGAUUGUAUUCUUAAAAUGUAAAGUUAUGUUUUUAUCUCAAAGAUUAGUAAUUGGUAAUCAUAAGUGUCAAUUAUCAAAGGUUUGCAUUUGUUUGUGUAACCAGUGCAAUAACAUUUAAGUGUCAACUGUA